CUAUAUUCGUUCCUAUCCUCUCUUCGCUCUGUUCUUCUGUGUGCGUGUGCGUGCGCCUCGCAUUUACAAUCUAUAUCAACCUUUUCCUUCUUUCUUUUCUUUUUCUUCUUCUUUUUUCUUCUUCACCUUCUGUGUCUGAUCCUUUCCUUUCUUUUCCGUGCAUAAACAGAAUAAAACCAAAUUCCAACAAUGAAAUUUCUCGUCACUCUUUGCGUAUUAGUUGUUGUCUGUGUCAUCCAAGUCGUUCAGGCUACUCAACUCCGUGGUCGUGGUAUUGCUACCAUCAUGCAGUUCGGCAAUUCUACUGUAUCUGAUCUCGAAAAGCGUGGUGGACGUGGCACUUGGUACAGUGGAGCUGACUUGAAAAAUGCCGCCUGUUACGACCGUAAAGGCCUUCCUAAAUACUCUGCUACCAUUCACAGCAUGAUCGGUGCUAUGGCCAUGAAGCAGUUUGAACAAUGCUACAAGUGUAUGAAGGUCACCAACAACAAAAAUAAGAAGAGUGUCGUUGUAAAGAUCGUCGAUAAGUGUGCUGGUUGCAAGGUUGGCAAGGCCAUCGACUUAACCCCUGGUGCCUUCAAGAAGCUUGCUGAUCUUGACGUUGGUGUCAUUGACAUCUCUUGGAAGACUGUUUCUUGCCCUAAAAAUAUUAAGCCCAAGAUGGGUCCCAAGAAGGCCUAAAAAAUACAGGCAAAAGGCAAUAAACUACAAAACUUGUACUUUAUAACUCCAAUUGUUCCUAGCUUAUACAUCCCUUCUACUUAUACAUAUACACAAGCACACACACACAUUUAUACACUUGUAUCUCUAAUCACCCUAUCUAUUUGUAUAUUUCUUUUUUCUAAUAAAAUGGCUCUAAAAGAAAAAAAAAAGCAAGAUAGCUGUCACUGAUGCAAAGUAGCAAAAGAUGAGUAUCCGCUUGUCUCU